CGGAGUCGAGUUAAAUCGCUCAUACCCGGCGCCCUCUCUUUUCCUUUCUCAAUCUCAUUCUAUUCCUCUCUCUCUCCUCGCGGCGCUGUUCCUCCCAAAGGUGGUGCUCUUCCUCCCAAGGGCUUGGAGGAAGAUUUUCAAAGUUAGUGGAUUGUUGGCUAGUUGUUCAUGCAAGCUAUGGCUGCCAAAUACAUUGGAGCUGCAGUGGCAUCCUUUGCAAUCGUAUAUGUAGUCGAUACAGCUAUUGCUGAGAAGAAGAUAUUUGGAGGCACCACUCCCAAGACUGUUGCUGACAAGGAGUGGUGGAAAGCAACUGAUCAAAAGUUCCAGGCCUGGCCUCGAACCGCUGGACCACCAGUUGUCAUGAACCCCAUCAGCCGUCAGAAUUUCAUUGUCAAGUUCCAUGAAGCUUAGGAUGAUGAGAAGGUACGUUUUGGAGUCUCUUGCUGGAAAGGCAUGCAUUCAAUAAUCUCUGUUCUCUCAUGAGGAAUGGUUUCCUUCGUCAUGAUCUUCUUUGUAGUUUGGAUUUGUUGAAUGAGUUGUCCAACUGAAUAAAAUUUCAUGAAACUUGUUUGGAUGUGAUGAUUCAACGAAAGAUAGAAUUUGUGAUCUUCUGAACUAUUGCUGCAUGUUCAUCUAUGCCCAUCUCUUUAUAAAGCCUGGAUGGAAUUGCAUUGACUGGUGC